AUGUUGUCCCUCGUGCUCACGAUCUUGUUCGUGCACAUUGCAAUCUACCUAGUCAACACGAUCGGCGCUUCUACAAUCGAUAGCCUGCUAUGGCAACUCUACCUACAACUGCCCACAUCGACAUCCCGCAAUGCACGCGAACAGCAACGCAUGAAGAUCGAAGUCGUCCAGCUGAAGCGCGAAAUGAACGGCACCAGCUCGCAAGACGAGUUCGCAAAGUGGGCGAAGCUGCGCCGGAGACAUGACAAGAGUCUGGAGGAAUACGAGGCGAUGAACAAAACCAUCUCCGCCCAAAAAACCUCUUUCGACUGGAGCGUCAAAAGCGCCCGGUGGCUCAGCACAAACGGACUCAAAAUCUUCCUGCAGUUCUGGUACUCCAAGACCCCCGUUUUCGCACUGCCGGCAGACUGGUUCCCGUACUACGUGGAGUGGGUAUUGUCGUUCCCACGCGCGCCACUGGGUUCCGUCAGCGUUCAGGUAUGGAAUAACGUGUGCGCGACGGCUGUUGCGUUCCUGGGAGAGAUUAUUGGAGCAAUCCUCGUGCAGCUUGUUAGCAAGAAGGAUGCUGUACCGGUGGGUGUUGAGUCGAAGAAGGCUCAGUGA